UGACGGGAGUAAAUCUGCUGGCUAAAUCCCCUCAAGGCUCAAGCUGUGAUUUGGACCAGAGGGGUUUGUUGUCAGAGUGAACUCCGCCCUGCAGAGAUGACUACUGACAAUGUCCAACACACGACUGCAGCAGGCCAGCAAAGACUUUGUUUGAUUUGGAUAAAACCACUUGGACCCGACUUUCACUGCUCCCUCCCGGCGUGCUGACGUCACAAAACGUACGUUAACAAGCUAACCCAGCGGCAACUCUAUGGUUGUACUGUAGUAUACAAUGAGCUGUCCUCUGACCCCCGGCAGGUGCUGCUGUGGCUGAGAUGUGAGCGGGGGUCAUGCCUUUGGUCAAGAGAAACAUUCAGCCUCGGCACCUGUGCCACGACGCAGUGCCUGAUGGGAUUGGCAACGAGCUGGAAUGUGUGACCAACAACACGUUGUCUGCCAUCAUCCGCCAGCUCAGUAGCCUGAGUACACAUGCAGAAAACGUUUUUGGGGAGCUUUUUAACGAGGCAAACACCUUUUAUGGCCGCGCCAACUCUCUCCAAGACCGCAUUGACCGCUUGGCCGUCAAGGUCACCCAGCUGGACUCCAGCGUGGAGGAGGUGUCUCUUCAGGACAUUAACAUGAGGAAGGCGUUCAAAGGCUCGACCGUCCAGGACCAGCAGGUUUUGUCCAAAGGCAGCACUCCGAACUCAGUGGCUGAGAUGCACAACAGCAGCGACAGGCCUCCUCCCCUCAGCACCCUCACUGCCUACAGAGAGGACUCCACUGAUGCGAUGAAAUUCUACUCAGACCCGUCGUACUUUUUUGACUUGUGGAAAGAGAAAAUGCUUCAGGACACGGAGGAAAAGAGGAAAGAAAGGCGGAGGCAAAGAGAACAGAAACGAUGUGUGGAAAACAGCACCCUUCCGCGCGAGGUGAAGAAGGUCAGAAAGGCUCGAAACCGCCGGCAAGAGUGGAACAUGAUGGCAUUCGAUAAAGAACUUCGUCCAGAUCACCGCCAUCCGCAGAGUCUCCGCCGAGAGGCGUCGUCUGAGGGCUCGCUCUCCCCAGACGGCAGGCCUGACCUCCCAGACUACCCCGUCCCUCCACUGCCUGCCCACGCUGCUUGUAAUCGUGCCAAGUCACGUGAUUACGUGCCUGGGAAUGCACACCCCUCGCCACCUGUGGAGCAUGAAUACCACAGCAUUGAUGUCAACUACAACAAGAGAGUAACCUACGCCGCAGCGGCAGAGCCUCACACUGCGGACAGAAUGAACGGCUCAAUACGUCCAACUGCAGAUUACAACUCUCUCCCCCCACCUCCUGCCACGGGCCCACCCAUCCCAUCAGCCCAGACAGCCUUUGGUUAUCCACUGGGUGUACUACCACCAACACCGCAUAAUGGAGUUCUGCACGUAGGCCCAGGCUACCAGCUCCCACCUGUACCUCCUCCAGGGCUGCACAUGUUCCCUCCUCCCCCAGGUCCCCCACCUCCACCCCUCCCUCCCCCAGCUGCAUUCUCACACCUAGUAGGCGACAGAGCUGAGACUAAACCUGUGAGAGAUGGGAGAAGUGAUCUGCUGUCCGCCAUCCGAAUGGGCAUCCAGCUGAAGAAAGUUCAAGAGCAGCAGGAGCAGCAGAAUAAGCGGGAGCCGGUGGGGAACGAUGUGGCCACCAUCCUGUCCCGACGCAUCGCCGUGGAGUACAGUGACUCUGAUGACGACUCUGAGCUGGACGAAAACGAGUGGUCAGACUGACCAAACAAAGUGUAGCACCUGGCUGAAGUUUCGGUUUUUACUGCAUCUUCAAACUGUGAAUGACUCUCUUUGGCUCCACCCAGUGGACUCUACACACCAACCCACCGCUGCCAGAGCACCUUUACUUCAUCUUGUAUUAUUAAUGUGCUACAUUAAUUUUUGAUCAGGAAUUUGCAUGAGUGUGCAGUCGGCACCAUUCUUCUGAAAAACAGCUGAAUUUUCAGAUUCACAUUAAAAAGUGGUGAAUUGUAAUAUAACUAAAUGUUUAGUUUUCUACCACGGAUGAAAUGCGAACCAUUACUUUUCUCACUUUGUCAAUCUAAACUGUGCGUUCUAAUAAAAUGUGCUCUCCUGAUAAACUGACACCUUGAACACACCAUACCCAUUGAUGAAAUGUGCAGUAUGUCCCACUCCUACUGUAGGCCUGACAUGUCGCAGUAGGAAAAGUAAUAAAAUGAUUGGCUGCAUUCCAUUUAGCUGCUUUACUUUCAGGAUCCUGGUACUGUGCAUGCUGGCUCACUGUCACACUGUCAUGGCUUACUGGAACACUUGAAUAGAACACUUGUACUUUUCAUAUUAUAAUAAGUAAAAAAUGUCUGUUGUGGAAAAGGCCUAUUAUUCAUGAAUGAGUGCAGCAAUAUGAAGUAAAUCUUUGAAGGAUUUCAGUAUAUAUUUUCAUAAUCCUGAUAAUAUUUUGGACUAAAUGUACCCCUCCCUAUAUUAUAUGAAUGUUUGGGGAGUAAUUCCAUUCGAUAUUUUGUAAUUGCUACCUCAAUUUGUGACCAUUUCACUACCCCACGGUAUGUUUAGUAGGGUAUCAUGAUCAAUCUGAAUACAGAUUUGUUCUGCCAUUCAAUUAUUUGUUGUGAUGUGUCUUUGAAAAUGUUGACAUAUCAUUAAACAAUUCUUCC